AUGUCGACCACGACAAUAACUUGGGUCACUCCGGCCGCUCAACCACCCCCUGGUCAACUUGAGAUCAAUUAUGCCCCCAACUAUGACAACUGGCAGGCCCACGCUGCCAGAUGUCUUGCUACGGGCAAUUUUCCUUCUAAGGGUGCCACCUUGGCACAGUCGUAUGAUUGGACAUAUGUCCUCAACACCGAGCAACUUGCUGAGAUUGACCGAGCCGUAGCUCACUUCAAAUGUUGGUGUCCUUCACACAGAGCCAACAUGAAUAUAACACGAGAGGAAAACUUUCCUUUUGAGUUUGACGGGUAA